UCCAUCAAACAUACAGCAAACAAUUUGCAUCCAGUUUUUCCUUGAAAAAACAAGCAAACCAACAAACAAAAAAAUGUUCAAACUUUUGGUUAUUGCUGCUUUGGCUACUUUGGCCCAUUCUUAUGGUUAUGGUGGAAUGGGUGGUGGCUAUGGUGGUGGUGGCGGCUACGGGGCCAUUCCAUUAGCUGUACGAUCUUAUCACAAUAUCCGUUCAUAUGAUGUUCCAUCAUAUGGUUACAGCAAACCAGUCUAUGUUGAUGUUGAUGCCAAUGCCGUACCAAUCUACAUGAAUUUCCGAUCCAAAUCAUCGUACUUGCAUGUGAACCAACAACAUGAAGGUCAAAAAGGCAGCUACCAAGAAUCAUAUUCACAAGAUGAACCACAUGUCUUGAAACACACAGUGAAAAAACCAGUUUACCAAGAAGUCAAUGAAAUCAUUACACCAUAUCGACGAAUUACACAGGAAAUUAAACCAGUACAAGAAGAAAUUGAAACUUUGGUUGCACGAAAAUCAUAUGGUGGUGGAGGCGGAUAUGGCGGCGGUAUGGGUGGUGGUUAUGGUGGCGGUAUGGGCGGUGGUUAUGGUGGUGGCUAUUAGAUAAUAAUUGUAGUUGACCAUUCAAAGUGGUAGCUGUAGUUUUUUUUUUGAAAAAAAAUCCGAAACCAAAAAAAAAAACGUGAUUUGGAUGUCUUUGUGAAUCAAUUAUUUAUCUCAACAAUUUCUGGUGGGCCAAGAAUUUUUUCCAGCCCCGUUAUCAUUAUUUAUUUUACCCCUUUUUUUCUAUUUAUUUUAUG